ACAGGUAGAACGUCACGUAGCGAGGUAGUUCCUAGUCAGCGCUUUGCACGCAUGUGCAGUGUUUCACCGAGUGAGAUAUGUGAAUAAAAACUGAUUGUUCACUUCCUUUGAUUUUAAAAGAACUGUCAUGGCUUGUGCAGAGUUGAGCUGAAGAGAAGUUAUUCCCCACCGUCUGUUCAUCCGAAACGCAAUGGAGAACUCAUCCAAAGACGACUACAAGAUCCAGUCGUUUGAUAUAGAGACGCAGACGCUCCUGAAAACAGCCUUGAAUGAUCCGGGGUCAGUUGAUCUGGAGAAGGUCUGCAGUGUUAUAGUGGAGCAGUCUCUGAAGGACCAGAUCUUCAGCCGGGAGGCCGGACGAAUCUGUUAUUCUAUAGUCCAGACAGAAGCCAAACAGACUAAUGGGAGCUCAUUUCGCCGUCACUUGUUGACCCGCCUGCAGCAGGAGUUUAUUGCCAGAGAGGAGACGCGGAGGAGAUCCACUCAACAGUGGGUUUGUCUUGUGUCCUUCAUCUGCAACAUCUUUGACUACCUCAAGGUGAACAACAUGCCCAUGGUGGCUCUGGUUCAGCCGGUGUAUGACUGUUUGUUCAGACUGGCACAGCCGGACGCCCUGAAGAACGAGGAGGAGGUGGACUGUCUGGUAUUACAGUUACAUCGCAUCGGAGAUCAGCUGGAGAAGAUGAACAUGCAGCGCAUGGAUGAGAUGUUUUAUCUUCUGAGGGAUGGAUUUCUCCUGCAGGAGGACUUGAGCUCCAUGGGUCGACUGCUGCUGCUGGAGAUCCUGGAGUUCCGUGCGGGAGGCUGGAUUCUCAGCGACACCGCUCAGAAAUAUUAUUACAGUGAAGUUACAGACUGAUGCCUCCACCAAUAACGAGAGAGAAACAUCAAACAGGAAGACAAAGAAAUCUUAGCAGAUGGAAGGCUUUAUUUUUACGGUUUGGAGAGUCACUAGGUGUGUGAAUUGACGGUAGAGGAUUUAACCAAGGUUAGUUGAAGUGUUCGAGUGCGUUCUAUGGUUUUGAUGGCUGUUUGAGUUCUUACAAAAAGAAGCAAGAUGACACACCUCUGAAGACAUUCCUGUGGUCUGUAAUGAUGUUACAGAGCUAUCCCAGCAUUCCAUAGGACAAACUGUUGGGGUGUACAGUAUUGCUGUUCAUUUAGGAUUAAUGGUUGAAUGUUGUUGAACCACUUUCAAUCUGUUCUCUGGGAAAAAAUAAUAAUUUGUAUCCAAAGUUAGGCAGCUUUGUUCAGCAAAUAAUGUGCCUUUGGUUUAUAUCUUUAUUUAGUCAGAUCUUAAAAUAAAUUGAAAGUGAAUGUGGAGACAUUCGUUUCUUGUUAUAGAAGCUGAAUCAGUACAUCUUCAGUAGGUUUGAUUCACUGAUGUGUACAGGGAUGACAAAAAGAUGUUUUAUAAAAAUAAGUGUUUAGUUCAGUUCUUAUGUUUGUGAACACAGAGGUCUUUAAUAAUAAAAAUGAUACUUCAUUUCAGCUCAUGGAUCUCUGCUGCAGAUAUUUCAAUGCCAAGAACACAAAGGUUUUAAUAUAUUGACAUUUUAUUCCACGGUAACGGCAUAUACCGUCAUACCGCACAGCCCGACUUUUUUAUAAAAAAAACGUGCUGGAUUAAAGCACAACACAUAAUAAAAGUAAGAAGUCUGCAUAAUGUCACUAUUGUAUAAUUUUGUAAAGUUUUAGACUAGUAGGUUUUCAUCAGGUGGUUGACAAUCCACUGGAAAUAGACAUUUUCUAACAGGUGUAAGUAUACAUUAAGAAGUCUUCAAUCAUCGUUGAUUCGCCUUCACGUCAUUCCAAACACACAUGACUUUCUUCUGUGAAACAGAGAUGAUGUUUUCAAACAAUUGAAGUGAAUGGAAAACUAGAGCUGUUACAGUAAUGUGCCAUCUGUGUUAUAGCUUUUUGUAGUGAACAAACUGGAGUUUGUUAAUGGUCACUACAAGUCUUACUUUAGAAAUAUAUAAACAUCCACUUUCAUUGCUGUCUGGACAUUCUGCUAUAAAUAACCUCCUUUGUUUUUGACAGUAGAAGGUCAUAUGGAUUUUAAAUACAUGAGGGUGCGUGAAUAGCAUAUUUCUUAUUUUUCUGGUGUUCAAAAGAUUGGGAUUUGAAGGUAUUGAAGUUUUCCGUUUUCAAAAAAAAAGCCUUUGAUUUGCUGU